AUGCAUCAGAUUUUCUCCUUCCUUCCUCUACAUGCUUUGUCUUUCUGGGACGAGGUCGCCCGUGCGUUGCCGGAGCAGCCAUCGCGGCUUUUUGAUAGAGGGUCUCUAGUGGCGUUGGCGCCCCUGAACCAGCAGAGAGUUAUAGGCACGUUGAACGCCCGCGCGAUAUCCGUUCUGAACAAGAGGGUGUGUCCGACCACCAUUGGCACGUCCUAUACGACCAGCAGCGCGACUACCCCGGAUCCCGAGCUGCCAUGGUUCCGCAUCCCCAGCAGGACCAUGCGCCAAAGCUCUCUCUGGCUGCCACUCGCAGAGACCAAGUGCUCAGCUGCCCAGGCCUGCGCCCAAUCCUCCCCCGUAGCGGGAAGAUGUGCGGUGCGAACAGUUCAUCUCUCCGCUGCAGUCUUCAGCGGUAUCAGUGGAUGA